CCCGCCCCGACUUCCCAGGGCUUCUGCCGACCAGGCCCCUCCCCACCUUCCCAGGGCUCCGGCCACCCCGGGCCCCGCCCCGCCGACUAGGUCCCGCCCGCUUUCCCCGGGCCCCGCCCCGGCCCGUCGCCAUGUUGUUCCGUCCGUGCAGGACGGGUGCAGCUGCAGACUGACCCUCGCCGUGCCGCCGACGUCUCCUGCCCGCUGGCUCCUCGACCCUCUUCACUUUUUUCCCCUGCCCUCGGACGGACCGGCCCGGAGCUCCCGAACUUACUCCGUGUGGCCGUGAGAAGCUGUCUGUGCUCAGGUCAUGAGCCUGGCACAGUGGUGAGCCGCUUUCCCUGGUGUCCGUGUCUCAGUGAAUCUUUCCUCAGCCCUCCGACAAUGAUGAUGUUUGAACUGAACAAUUAAGGGUUCCACAGUCAGAGAUCUUGAGAUUAAUAAUGGCAGGAAAAUCAUCGCUUUUCAAAGUCAUUCUCCUUGGAGAUGGUGGUGUUGGGAAGAGUUCUCUAAUGAACAGAUAUGUGACUAAUAAGUUUGAUGCCCAGCUCUUCCAUACAAUAGGUGUGGAGUUUUUAAAUAAAGAUUUGGAGGUGGAUGGACACUUUGUCACCAUGCAGAUCUGGGACACGGCUGGUCAAGAGCGCUUCAGAAGCCUGAGGACGCCGUUCUACAGAGGUUCUGACUGUUGCCUGCUUACCUUUAGUGUCGAUGAUUCUCAGAGCUUCCAGAACUUGAGUAACUGGAAGAAAGAAUUCAUAUAUUACGCAGAUGUGAAAGAGCCCGAAAGCUUUCCUUUUGUGAUUCUGGGCAACAAGGUUGACAUCAGCGAGCGGCAAGUGUCUGCAGAAGAAGCCCAAGCCUGGUGCCGGGACAACGGUGACUAUCCCUACUUUGAAACGAGUGCAAAAGAUGCCACGAAUGUCGCAGCAGCCUUUGAGGAAGCAGUUCGAAGAGUGCUCGCUACCGAGGAUAGGUCAGAUCCCUUGAUUCAGACAGACACGGUCCGUCUGCACCGGAAGCCCAAGCCCAGCUCGUCUUGCUGUGGAAGUUAGAGAGGUAGCGACCUGACCAGCUCACCCACAUGCACAGAUGGGCUCUGGGCGGAGAAGAGGGUACGCGUGUGCAGCGACGCAUCACAUACUCAAACAUUAACCGUGCCUGUCAGUGGGUGGGGGAAGCGACACAUCCCCUCACGGGAGAAUCCAUUUACUCAGUAACGGCGCCUGACACGCACCCAUUGUAACGGCUGUCUAAUAAUGUUUAAUUUAAAUAUGUAUGUUACAGAGCUAAUAAAUGAAAUGACCAAGACUUUAUAAUUAAAACACUUGAGUAUCCUAGAAGUUACUGUCUUUUCCCUGGGAAUAUGGAGAACUACUUUUUCUAUGUGUAUAUUUUUAUGUAAUUAGCAUUCUGUUCUGGUUCAGGGAAAGCAUGUCCUAAAGCAAUAAUGUUAACGAUUAAAGAUUAAAAUU